UUUUAGUUUUAAGUGCUUUAUUCAAAUUUCUUCAAAAAAUGCUUUAUUCGUUGCCUACAGAGUCGAAGAUUGAUAUUUUUAAAUUCCUCGGCUAUGCGGAUUUAUGUUCAAUCAAACGGACAAAUAAAUAUUUUCGCGAUUUUAUUUAUGAAUUUGAAGGAGACCUUGCUUUGGAGGAAUUUUACGAAAUUUCAAUUGAUUAUUUUCAUCGAAUUGAAGAAUAUUCUCAUAAAUUAAUUAAACCCAAGGCUGAAAAUUUCAACUUUUCUCUGAAUGAACAGCUUGAAAAGAAGUGGGAAAAUGGAUUAGAAAACCCGAUUCCUUUGUAUUCAACUAUGAAUUCAAACAAAAAUGUUGUUAUUUGGUUAUCUAAAGAUUACGAAGGUCAACGCCUUUAUCUACUCCUUCAAUUACCAACCAUUAUUAAAAGUAAAGAGGACAUCAAAAUUGUUUAUUAUUUUUUAAAUAAAUUAUUUAAUUGUUCUUUUGAAUAUGGCGACUUUAAUGAAUUCAUCUUCAAUCCAAAAUUGAUUGAAUUAUUAUUUGGAAAUUCUAAACGAUUUUUUAUUCAAAAAUGUUUUCUGUAUAUGGACUACUUUGGUGAAAAUAAAUUGGAAAUUGCUUUGGGUUAUUUGUGUGUUAGUGGAACACUUACAAUUACUUUUCAUAAAGUAACUUUUCAUGAAGGAAUUGAAAAGGCCACGACAGACUACACGGAUAAUUUAUUUAAAAUUCUAAUGAAGGGAGACAAAUUUAAAGAAGUUACUUUAAAUUCAAAUAAUUUGCAGAAACUUUUUGAUAUUAUUAUAAAUGUAAGUUUGUAA